UGCAAACAGAGCCACACAAAGCUGAAUCAGAAACUUGAGUUGCAGGAAACCUUUUCUUUUGGAUUUUCCUUUUGAUUAUAUGGAAAUCAGUGGAGAGUUAAUCAGAAUAUUUGGGUGUAUGUCUAUAUGAGGAGUUGCUUGUAUGGAAGAAAUAGCAAAGAACAGGUUCUCUUUCCCAGAAGGGAUGCUGGGACUAAGGUUGUUUUUUUCCAAGUGAUAAUGUUCUGGUAAAAAGAUUCUUGGGAAGAACUCGCUAAAUGGAUAGACAUCAGGGAUGGAUAUGGCUGGCAUUCAGGCUUUUAGCCUUUAUAGAUCUUGGGUUUGGCUACUUCAUCAUAGAAGGUCCCCAAAAUUUAACUGUUCUAGUUGGUUCAGUGGCCCGGUUUAAUUGUACAGUGUCAGAGGGGUGGCCAGUUUUGAUAUGGCUUUUUGAUGGAAACCCUAUAUUGACUGUACUGAAUAAUGGAACACCUAUUAUAACGCAAAAGAAAUACAAUCAGGAAGGUUUUAAAAAUGGUUCCGAGUUCACUUCAGAACUGAAGAUUUUUGAUGUCCAACUGAAUGAUUCUGGAGAAAUAAAAUGCAGUAUCCAGAAUGAAGUUAACAAUAAUUAUGCAUUUCUUUCUGUUCAAGUGAAUGGAUCUUUGACUAUCAAAGAUAGCAACUUGACAGUAAGAAAAAACCAAACAACUGAAAUAGUUUGUGAAGCUCUUGGAUGGGCUCCUGCUCCACACAUUUUCUGGAUGGUAAAUAAUAUUUCAUUAGAUAAUUCAAUGUACAUUGCCAACCAGAGUCAAGGAUCAAAUGGCUUGUACAACGAAGAGAGUAUCUUAACCCUGACACCAAUGACCAGUGGCAUUGUAACUUGCUUAGCUGUUAUAGAUGCACUCUCUAAACCUCAGUACGCAGCUGUGACUCUUAUUGUGUAUGAACCUCCUUCAACAUCGGACAAUGAUGGACGAAUCCGAACUAUAAUUUUAGCGGUUGUGUUGUCAGUUGUUGGUUUCCUGCUUCUGAUCCUUCUUAUUCUGCUUAUUAUAUGCUGCUGCAAAAGAAGGAAAGAAUCCAACUAUCGUAAGGAGAUGAGAAAGGUAUCAGAAAAGAAAGCUACUGAUAGAAAUUUGGAGACAAUGAGACACAGUGGACAGGCAAAUUAUGCCUACAGUCCUGAGGAAACAGAGUAUUCUGAGCAAGUGGCAGGAGUUCCCUCUUUCUUUCCAGAUAACUCUAGCUUGUAUGGUCCAAAACAAGAUUUAGAAGUGACCCCUACAUCACAGGUUUCUUAUAAUGGACAUCAUGAUGGAGUACUUCCCUCAAGAACUACUGCUUACCCAAUCAUUCUAAGAAAAAUCAGAAAUGUGACACAUGUAUAGGAAAUAUCUGAGUACCACAUUUUCCAAAGCAGAAGUUGUCUUUCUCUUGUUUCACUGCUCAUAUAUAUAUAUAUAUGAUCAUAAGUGCAUUUCUUUGCUAUUCUUGGUGAAUCUUGGUGCAUCAACCCAAAGAUUCAACAUCUUUACCAGAACUGCAUUUUCCUUUGUUUUAUCUGCAAACCAUCAAGGUCCACUUAAUGAGAAAAUGUAAUUAAGGAGGCAUCAUCUGCUGUCUUUUUCUACAGAUAUGUGGGACUAGAGCAGCCUUUCCCAACCAGUGUGCCUCCAGAUGUUGUUGGACCACAACUCCCAUCUUUCCUGACCAUUGGCAAUGCUGGCUGAGGCUGAUGGGAGUUGUGGUCCAACAACAUCUGGAGGCACACUGGUUGAAAAAGGCUGGACUAGAGACUUAUAUAUAAGCAUUUAUUACACAGGGGAAAUAACAUUUGAAUUUAAGAUUGGAAAAAUGAGAAAUUGAGAGAACCAAAAUUGACAGUUCCUUCCAUCCCUACCUCUCAAGCUGUGACUGCCCCAACACUGGGCCAUAAUUAGGUUUGAACAAAGCCUUCUAUUGCUUACAAUAGAAGAUUUAUUUCAAGCCUAAUUGCAACAGGAGGAGAGGGUGACACUGCAGGCACCAGUGAAGGCCUUAUCAGGUGUGUGUGUGCCCAUCGGCACUGCAUUGAUGACCCUAGGGCAGCGUUUCCCAACUAGUGGGCCACCAGAUGUUGUUGGACCACAAUUCUCAUCUUUCCUGACCAUUGGUAAUGCUGGCUAAGGCUGAUGGGAGUUGUGGUCCAACAACAUCUGGUGGCCCACUGGUUGGGAAAGGCUGCCCUAGGGCUACCAUGAAGGGUGUUAGGCUCCUCUCCUUGGUAGAUCAAAAAUUGUGCAAGAAUAUUCAUGUACUGAAUUUUAUGUUGUUGUCUAGUUUUUCCAUUUGUUCAAACAAAAUAUUGCCAUGGAACACUGUACAUAGAUGGGACACAGAGAAACAAAUGUUCCAUAACUAUACAUUGUUUCAGUCCUGUGUAAGCUUACCUCAUGUUUUCCUCUUCAGUUUUGUAUUUCACAUAGAAGAAGAAGAUGUCACCUGAAUUCACUGACUCAUACCUAUUUAAAAAUAGCAAUAGCUUGGCACAAUUCUUUUCCUUGACAAUAGAAAGAAGCAUUGAGUUUGAGCAGGCUGCUAUACUUAAGGAUGCAGAAUUUCAACAGUGCUAGUGAUUGCUAAUCACAAUAUUGACAGUAAAUAUUUAAUUGCUCAUUUUAUAGGACAGAGCCUCAAGCUAUACCUCAUUUCAAAUAUUUAUGGAGUGAUUGAGCAAAACUCCUUGGCUGGCAAUGAUAAAGUUUAUAGUUUAAGCAAAAUUCUUGUAACAAGUUUUGUAAAACACAUCCAGCUUGUCUUAAUAUUAGUUGUAUCAGGUUCCUUAUAUGAACUACAGAUGAAUUAAUUCUGUAAAGUUAAAAGGUUAAUCUCAUUGCUUGCUCUGGAGUGAGUUAGCUGCCAAGGCAGAAAAUUCAUAAUAUUGGAGUGAAAGCCAUGAGGGAAAAUAACACAAUAACUCAUAUUGUAUUGAGUACCUCAGCAAUUUAAGCACAACAUUGUGUUUAUUGAUUUCAUUUUUCCAUAAGAACCUAGGGAAUUUGUAACACUGUGGUUUGUAUAUAUUUUCCAUUCACUUAUUUUAAGAACAGUGUAUAACUUCCUACCAGUUUCAGGACACAGCCAAGGGCUAUCCAUUCUUCUCAUUACUAAUUGUUGUGGGAAAACAAAUAUUGUGGAAGGGCUGUAGCUCAGUGGUAGAGAACCUGCCUUGCAUGCAGAAGGUCCGAGGUUCAAUCCCUGACAUCUCCAGGUAGGCUGGGACAGAGUUCUACCUGAAACCCUGGAGAGCUGCUGCUAGUCAGUGUAGACAAUACUGAGCUAGAUGGACCAAUGGUUUAACUCAGUAUAAGGCAGCUUCCUAUGUUCCUAUACACCUGUACAGCAAAAAAAAAAAAAAGGCCAGUUACAGCAAAAGGUAAAGGAAACUAAGUGUGCAUUAAAUAUAUGGUGUGGCUGUGACCUUGAAGAGACUGUGGAGAGUGUAGUAUGUUUUUCUACAUAUAGUUGUUGUGUGAAGGAAUUAUAACAUAUUGGGGAGCAGUUUCUCAAGAAACAAAUAAAAUGACUAACUAGUCAUUACUUUCAGACCCACAGUUAGUUUCUCACAUUCCCAAAUGUGCUUAGUGUUGUUAAUAUUUGAGGGAACUACCAAAACUGGAAGUGGUAACUUCUUUUAAAAUUGUAGCAGCUAGGCUAGUCAUUUGCUAAAAACUGGAAGGUAUUGUGUACUAAUGUACUGGACAGUUGGUUCCAAAAAAUAUGGAGAGUGGCAUUAAUGGAAAAACUCACAUACAAAGUGUUUGUGAAAAGAAAUGAACAGUUUUCAAACAGCCUGGAAUUGCUUUAGACAUGCAGCUAAGUUGGAACAUGGGUGUAAAUCACCAUUGAACCAUGGACACCUUUGAAAAGACGGCCUGGGCUAAGAAUUGAGGAGAAGUAAUUCUGGAACAGAUGUAAACUUUACUUAGUUAAUGAAAAGAAUCUUUGUAAUCCUGAAUCUUUCACUGAUGAUGUUGUUAUUGAUCAUGAAUGAAUAAACAAUUUUAAACAGUUAACAA